UUUAUUAUGAAGUUUGAUUUUGUCCCAUUGCAUAUUAUAUGUAAGUAUGUUUGAGUAGGUACUUACUAUCUACCUAUCGAGUAUUUUUCAAGGAUUUCGAUCAAGAUUCCGUUAUUUAAAAAAUUGUUUCACCAAUAUCGAACGAUUGACUUUCUGAGAAAUGAAAUUUUUAUUCUUGGUAGACCGUCAAUUACUAUGUAAAUCCACCUGUAGCCAAAGUAAAGAUGUUUUAAAGAGUUUUGAAUUACACUGCGUAAAUUUGGCAUCUUUACAAAAAAAAAAGUACAUGCAUACGUCAAGUCGAUAUGUCUUACAUCAAAAUUUCUUCGACAUCAUUUCAGUCUACAUGUCAACAACUUUGUAUCUUUUUCUAAUUUUUAUUUGAAAACUUUUUCACAAACGCCCGUGUGCUCGUGUUUCAUGAUAACAAAUUAAAAUAUAAUCAGAUGUCGAAUUACUAGAAUUUCAUUCUAUGGGUACUUAUAGCAUUUUUGUUAAUUUUUUAAACAACGUGGAAGAAUUGAAUACGAUUAUAUUUGAUUGUGUAUUUUAUUUUGAAGUACCUACCUACAUUUUAAUGGACCUUAAACGCUUUUUUUCUCUUUUAAAGUUGAAGUAGAUUUUAUAAGCAGUGUUUCGUGUGUACUUUGGAGCAUUUCAGAUGGUGCGCAAGAUGAAAUGGUUGAAAAGUGUCAUAUAACGCUUCUAGGCGUCGUUAGGUUUAUUAGGGUUGCGGCAUAAAAUCAACAUUACUGCGUGAGAAAAUGGUACAAAUUUUUGAAAUCUCAAAUAUUGCAAAAAAAAGUGUGACAGCAUUCGUUGACAUUUUUAUACAUGACAGAAACACAUUUCCAAUUGUAUAUUGCGGAAGUAGAUUCCGCUGGGAUGAGUCGAAAGUAACCAUAGCGCCUAUUGGCCCAAUUCGGAUUUCAGUGAAUGAUCCGAUCGAAACCGUCAUCAAAUUAAUUAAAAAGAUGCUGUCAAUUCUAGACUACAAUGUAUACGUUUAUUACGAUGAAUUGCCAUACGCUUUAAAUAUGUAUGACAUAAUAAUUUCUAGAACAGAGAUCAACAUAAACGAUUUGAGAGCUGAUUAAUUUUUUUUUGAUAUCUCCAAAUUUUUUUUUUCAAGUCUUUGAAAUAUUAAUUUUUUUUCAAUUUUUUGUAUGUAAGUAUUUUUAACCCCCCCCCCCACAUAUGACUUAAUGAUAUUUUGAAAAUCUCCCCCCUCAGGAUGCUGACCUUUUUGUAAAUACCCCCCCCCCCCCACAUUUUUGUUCUUUCCAAUUAUUUUUAUUUUCUUUCCAAACUUUUGUUUUUGAAUUUUUUUUGCUGCUUAAAAACUUUUUAAUAUUCUUUACUUAACAUUUUUUUUUCUGUCUUUUCUUUCAAUUUCCAGAAUGUUGACAUUUUUGGUAUUCUACUCUCUUUUCAAAAUUUCUUCUACUGAAAACCUAUUCACUGAAAUUAUUCCUGGAUCCUUUAUAUCUGAAAUUGAAAAUAUAGUUGUCUAUGAAAAAUCCAUUCCCUAUAAAUUUAUCUUAAAUUAUACUUUUCUGAAUAGUAAUCCUACUAAUUCUUCCUAUGAAUAUCCUCCCAAUACCAAUUGUGAAAUGAAAGAUGAAUGCACCUAUACUCAUGAUUUCUACAAAGCACUGACAAGAUUGGACUCCUUCAUUGAUAAUCAACUUCAACAAACUCGUUUUGAUGCAAAAAUAUUAAAUGAACAUUCAAGAAGAAAAAGAUCAUUUCUACUAGGAAAACUUUAUGGUAAUUUCCUAGAAUUUUGUUGUGAUGUAGUCACUAAAGAUGAUCUCUACCCAUUAUUUGUCAACCAGCAAGAAUUAACAGCCAAUUAUAAAAAUUUAAAAGAAGCCUUAAUUGAAACACAUGCAGAUAUUUUCAAUAUUUCCACAGAACUUAAAUCAUUCUCUAAACUAAUUCAUGCAAAUAUUGAAAUGAUAACUCAAACAAUAGACACACUCUCUACCACUUUGGAAAAAUUUGCAGACCUUUUUGCAGCAGAUAGAUCCACAUAUCCAGUACUAAUAUCAAUUCUAGAGAAAACAUUCUAUAAUUCGUUUUUCUCAUCCAUUAUUGAACAUUGUAAAGAGCACAAGCUUCCAUCUUCAAUUAUCUCUCCAGAAAGCUUGAAAUAUUACAUUGAAGUUUUGAAAACCAAUAUUGAAAAAUUUAAUUACACCAUAGCCAUACCUACUUCAGAAAUUUUGGAAUACUAUACCAGAAGUAUCACACAUUGUCAAAUUUCAGAACAGCAGAUUUUAUUAGAAAUUCGAGUGCCUUUGAAAAAAAUUAAUUCAGACUGGAAAUUAUUCAAAUAUACUCCAAUCUACUUCAGAAAUAAAGAAGAGCUCUGUAUUCUGAACACUGAGCAAAUGCUAAUUGCUUUUGAUUCUGGAAAACAAAUUAUCAGAGAAAUUACAGGAACAGCAUUAAAAAAAUGUGAUCUUUCAAGACAGUUAUGUUUUUUGGACUAUUUUGAUUCCACCUAUGAAUCACCAGAAUGUGCAAAAUCAUUAAUCCUUGGAAAACAACUUCAAGAAUUAAAUACAGUGUGCAAUUUUAAAUGCGAGCACAUGCAUUCAAAAACAAUAAUUAGAAAAAUUCAAGAAAAUAUUUACAUCAUUUCCAAUCCUCAAAAAUUUCUUUUCCUUCACAACUCUUCAAAAUCAGAUACUAUUCCUUUAGAGAUAAAUUAUAAUCAAUCUGGUGCAAUAAAAAUUCAACUCCCUUGUGAUUUUGAAUUACUUUUAAAAACUGAUGAGGAAACCCAAAUUCUGAUCCCACAAGGAUUUCCUUGCAUAAAAACUUCUGAAAAUACCUUACAUCUAAACAGACUACUUCCCUUGCAAUGGACUAAAUUAGAUAAUAGCAAAAUAGAUUUUCACCCCUUUAGUCCCUUAAAAUUUAAAAAUAUUACAAAAAUUUUUAAUGAAAAUUGGAAGGAACAAACCCCCUCUUUUAAUAUUAAAGAAAACCCCCAAAUAUUUGAAAACAAAUUAAGAGAUAUAAUUUUAAAUGAUAUUCAGACUCCCUUGUAUGGAGGACAUACUAUUAGCAGUAUUAUUUUUACAAUAUGGUUAAUUGUUUUAAGUGUAUUAAUUUUAAAAAAAUAUUGUUAAAAUAAUUUUACUUAUCUUUUUAGAAAAAAUUUUAUGUAUAAAUAACAAAAAAAAGAGAAAAAAAUGCAUAAAACAAAAAAAAAAUGAAAAAAAAAAGAAAGAAAAAAAAAAAGAGAAAAAAAAAAAAAAAAAAAGAUGUGUAUUUUUUUAAAUACUCAUUUUUUUUCAAAAAUCUCUACUCAUAAUACCUCAUAUUUACAUUCCAUUGAUAUUUUUUUUAGAUUUUUUGUAAUUAGAUUUUUUAUAUUUAGAUUUUUUAUGUUUAGAUUUCUUAUAAUUCGAUUUAUUAUAAUUUGAUUUUUUAUAAUACCAUUUUUCAUAAUACCAUUUUUUAUAAUAACAUUUUCUAUGUAUAAUUAUAUUUUUAUACUAACCAACAAAAAAAAAAAUUUUUGUUUUUGAGAUGUAUACCUCUAGUACUUGUAUAUUAUAAAUUUAGAGAAAAAACAAAAAGCAAACAGACUCUGGACUCAUAAUCAAGUAUCUUGUCCCAUUUUUAAUUUUUUUUUGGGAAAAUAUAUUUAUUUAUUAAUAUUUUUUUUUUGGGUAAAAGACAAAAUUGAAAAAAUGAUAAUAAACCGAAUGGAAACUUUCUAAAAUUGAAAAUUACCCCCCCCCCUUGUCCCCUUUCACAAUCUAUUCCAUAGUCAAAUUUUUUUUUCAAGUGUGGCAAAUUUUGGGAAAUUAAAUUUCUUUUUGAAUUUUGGGAAAAGUGUGGUCACUUUUUUGGGAGAAAGGAAAUAUUGUGAUGACACAUGUAGGCAAAAUAUACGUAAAGUUAAAAUCUGUUAAAAAAACGUAAUAUCGGCUGGCGCCACACAGCCUCACAGCCAUAAAAAUAUGACGCGUGCCGAACAUUGGUAAACCACUGACCACCCUUCCGAGUUGCUAAUGUGCAACAAACGGUUCGUAAUUGCAGUAUUGCACAUUACGAACCGUAAGCAAUUUAAGUCAAAAUGUCUAAGCAAUUUAAGUCAAAAUGUCUUUUAGCCAACCCUUUACAUGAUGAUUUUUCCCUACAAAUACUCUGGUGAGUCCAGGGUUUGGUAUGAUUCGGUUUUCUAUCUUGUAGACGAAAGUCUUAAGUUUAGCUUCGGUUUAAGCUUAUUGUUUCUGUAUAUACUUGUGUUAAAUUCGUGAAAUAAAGUGAAAGUAUUAAUUAUUCA